UGAAAUUAGUCAGUGAAAAAUGGCUUGUCGAACGUGGCAUACGGCUAUUUUGUUAUCGAUAAUAUUUACGAUAUUAUCACUUGUCGGUAAUGCAAACACAUCAACUGCUGCACCAUGGUACGAAAAUCUACCAGCUGUUACGAUGGAUUACAAAGUUUAUUUAGAUGCUGGCAAAGAAGACUGUUAUUAUCAAUAUGUCCAGCCGGGUGCUACAUUUUACGCUAGCCAUCAGGUAUUGAAAGGAGGCGACGGCAUGUGUGGGUUUGCUGUAAGGCAUCCCAACGGGCAGAUAGUUCAUCCAUAUGAGUGGAGACAAAGUGCUGAAUAUGCAGAUCAAACUAGUUCUGGUGGAUACUAUGGCGUGUGUAUUGACAACCAAUUCUCCAAGUUUGCCGGGAAACUUGUCAAUCUGUACUUAUCAGUAAUCAGGUAUGACAUGUGGGAGAAAUAUGCAAAGGAAGUUGAGCAACUUGAUAUGAACAUAAAUAAUUUUACUAACUCAAUACAGUUUGUGGAGCACAAUGUGAAUAGCAUAUUGCAAUAUCAAUAUCACUCUAGAGCAAGAGAAUCUAGAGAUUAUAAUCUCCUUAUGGACAAUAAUGUUUAUGUCAUGAGAUGGUCCCUGAUACAAAUAUUAGCAAUUACCGCAACAGGUACACUCCAAGUAUAUUUUUUAAGAAAACUAUUUGAAGUUAAGGAUAAUUCCUCAAAAACAAGAAUUUAAUUGACAUAAUUUAUUUUUAAUGACAAUAGUUAACAUGACUUGCAAAACUUAUAUACUUAAUGAUGUGGUGAUAGAAAAAUUGACACAGCUAUUACAUCAAUUUAACAUUAUUGCUGACUGUUGUCAAAUCAAUCAGAAUUCAUACUGUUCAUUAAUUUAGUAUUAUUGCUAAAUUUAUUAGUGUGGAUAAUUGACUUUUGUUUCUUCUUGCUCUGUAUUGCACUGAAAAUUAAAAACUAUUUUCAUAAUAGAAUUUUUAAAAUGAUUUUUACAUCAUUCUUUUACUGUGGAAACUACACAGUAAAUCAGAGGAAAUUUGUGACAAAUAAAACAUACACAUAGAGCUGUGUAAUAACACAAAUAAACUUUGACACUGUUGUCUUAUUUGACAGAGAAAACCUGACUUUUGUGUUGACCAUUUUGUUAAAUUAUUAAAACUUUCAUGAGACAUUAUCUUCAUUCUUUUAUUGGACCUUCAAAUGAUCUGAAACUGGUUGGUACCCACACCGAUAAACCAUGUGUAAAGCCAUGUUAAAUAAAAAAAGAUCAUGUUUUUAGGUGUGGUUUUUAUAUUCAGGUGUCAACACUCACAUUCUUCAAUUAUAAAAUAAUCAGUAACUAUCCUAACUAAAAAAAUAAUCUAACAAAUGUUGUGCAUAUUUUAUAUGUUAUAUAAACAAAACUAUAUUCUCCCAUGGAGUAGUUAUGCAUACUGGUUGGUUGAUUGACAAGAAUGUUUGCUACCUACCUAGCUAUUGUUGAACAUGAAAGUUGUGUUACCAACUUAAUUGUUACAAUUUUUCUAUAAACCAAUUAUUUUUUAAGUCAUAUAAAAAUUGUUUUAAUAAUAUUAAUUGUAUUUCAAAUUUUUUUAUGUUUGAUCUCUUUAUAAAUAUGUAUAUUAAUUAUUAUCUGUCUGAAAUUAUUGUUUCCUUGUUAGUUUUAUUUUAAUUUUUGAGUCGAUAAUAUUAAAAGACAAAUUAGGUAUUAACAUAUUUUUGGAGGAUUUAUCUACAUAAUAUUUAGUUUUAAGUGGAUAACAUAUUAUAUUUAAUAUAUAUUAUAUUUUUUACGGAUUUUUAUAAUAAACAUAUUGAUGUUG